UCUCUGCUCUCACCUUCUCUCACCUUCUCUUGCCUGCCCUCCCAGGGCCCCUCCACACCACACCCAUGGCCUGCUACGACCUCUGCCGCCCCUGCGGACCCACCCCGCUGGCCAACAGCUGCAACGAGCCCUGUGUCAGGCAGUGCCAGGACUCCACCGUCCUCAUCCAGCCCUCCCCCGUCCGCGUCACCUUCCCAGGGCCCAUCAUGACCUCCUUCCCCCAGAGCUCCGCCGUCGGAUCCACCGCAGGGGCUGCCCUGGGCACGGAGCUCAACGUCCAGGGACAGCCCAUCUCUGGCGGCUUUGGGACCGGAGGCUACGGCCUGGGCUAUGGCCGUGGCUUUGGCUACGGCCUGGGAGGCCUGGGCUGCUACGCCAACAGGGGCUGCUCUGGCAUCUGCUGAGGCCCCAAACAACUG